AGGAAUGUCUCCAGCUGCAGACGCAGGAAACGACAACAACAACAACAAGAGUGACAACUGUGACAGUACGGCGAGGGCGGCGGGGUUUGAUUACGAGCACAAACCGGAUCUGGCCGGCGGCUCUAACAAUGUUUUCGUCUUAGGAGACGACAGUGAUGGUGAUGAUGAUGAUGAUGAUGAUGAUGGUGGUGGUGGUAAUGAGGAUGUUGAUGAUGAUGAUGAUGAUGAUGAUGAUGAUGAUGAUGAUGAUGAUAAAAACGAUUACAAUGAUGAUGAUGAGGAGGAGGAGGAGGAGGAAGAAGAAAAAGGAAGCAUUAUUGUCCCCCGUCUUGUGAACGAUGUGUCGUCUAUUCGAGAAGAGAGCCGGUACCACUUCGAUGAUCCAUCGGCUAUUGUCCAGAUAGUGGCAAGCGACGACGAUGCUACCCGCUACAACCACCACCACCACCACCACCAUCAACAACAACCACAUUCCCAGCACCAACACCCUCACCCCAACAACGAGAACAACAACAACGACCAGUACUGCCAUCUGAUUAUUCCUGAUAACUCUUGCGCUCAGAGUUCUUUGCACGAGUUCCAAACAGAGGAGAUCCUUGCAGACUUCCAUAGAAUAGCCGGACAUUUCAAAGACCAUCUCCUCAAAUUCACUGAGAUGACCACCACAACAGCCACCACUACCACCUCCACCACGAGCAUUACUACCAUCCCCACUGAUGCUGCUACUACCUCCAACACUAUUAAUGCUAUCACGGCAGCCACCACUGCUCAUACCACCACCUCCACGGUCAUCUCAACACCACCCACUUGUUCUGAAAACGCUGCACUUCAGCACAGGUCCUUUGAGGACGAAGACCUAUCUAUCCUGUCCCUUGACAAUACAAUGGGUCCAAUGUUAUUGUCUUCAUUAGCUGAGUCCUCUUUAUCAGUAACAUUGCGAAAUGAGACCCCUUUUGCGGAGCCCCAUAGACAUGAGGGAUCAGCGAGUGAAGCUCCUCCAGGGAUGCCAGAUGACAGCCAUUUUGUGUUGCAGAGAGAAACCACGUCUCUACAGGGACCGAUUCCAGACAGCGUGAAGCCUGAACAACUCCAAGGGCCUUAUUCACAGCCUCAACAAACUGUUCCAUCCUAUUUCUCCCAACUACAACCGCUACCGCUCCGCAUGACAACCAGCAAUAUUAUAGGCAGUAAUGUUGCUUUUGAUGCAUCAGAAGUUAUUGAACCUUGUCACGCCAAUGCAGCCUCGGCAAUCAACCAAACCAAAGCUACCUCCCUCAGUCGUCUAGCUUCCACUAAUUUCUUCUUGCCCCUUCCUGACUUGGAGCAGUCCAUGAGAGCCGUGAGGAUAAACACUGCUAUGUCAACCUACAAGACAGUGAGGGACACCUUUGACCAAACGAGGCAGGAUGGCCAGGUGGAGGCAAGGAAGGAAUUGGUCAAUAAGCUGUCAAGACCAAAUGUUGAUCAGAUGUCUGAAAGGGAAGCCAAUAAGCAGAAGCUACCACAGAACUACUACUGUCCACCCUCUCACGAGGAAGCUCACAGGAUUGCCAAGAUAUUUUCUAUGAAAUUUUAAUGAUUUCAACUGGAGUGAAGUUAUCUCUUGAAAACUGAAAGAAUCUCUUCUUCUCUUAUUCAAAUUGUGUGUGUGUGUGCGUGUGUGUGUGUGAAUGAUUUGAAUAACAAGUGGAGAUAAAGUAUGUUAUACAUACAUACAUAAUUUGAAUAAGAAAAGGAGAUAAAGAACCUUAUAUAUACAUACAUAUAUACACACAUAUAUAAUAUAUAUGUAUCAUCAUCAUCAUCAUCAAUAUAUAUGUAUGUGUAUAUAUAUAUAUAUAUAUUACAAAUUAAAAGGGUAAAGGAUUAUCAAUUUAUUAAUUAAUAAAUCAAUUAACAAUUAAUAAUUUUUACCAAGCCCAUCGGUAUGAAAGCACCAUUAUUGGUGGAGAACUUAUUUAAAAGCUCAUAUAUAUUUAUACACAUAAUUAAGGGAUCAGCAAGUAUUUGCUUCACCAUAUACCGAAGUUCAGAAAUA